GCGCGCCCCCACCCUCUCAAUCUGUACAGUAGCGCCCCCAGUGCACGUUCAAGAUAUAUUUCUCACAGAAGAAAACGCUACUCAAUUUGUAAACGCAAUCAAUGACAAAAUAUUAUUCACAUGGAAAUUUGCAGGAAUGUACUUAAACACACUACAUUUACCAAUAUGCAACAUAAGGACAAUAUUAAAUAAGGUAUUUAAAGUACAAUUCUGAAACAAACACUUGGUACAUACAUACCAAUACAUAAAGGCACUUCCUGUCUCAGGUGUUCAUGACAGACAAUGAUGUGCUAAUGGUGCAUAUUUUUCAUAUUAAAAAAACAGUUGCCAAGCUUGUCUCCCAAUCAACAACACACACAUACAAUUCCAAUUCUCAAUUCAAAACCAUGGACUAAUAUAUUGCUGUUACAACCUUCAAUCUAAAGAAUUAGAUAGGAUGUGUAGGAAAAUGCUGCAGGGAUUGGUAAGGUUGGCCACUGAGGUUAGACGAUAUAUCCAGGCUCGCAGUGUCUACAUCAACAGUGGAUGGGAUGAUCAUGUAUGUCUUUAUCUUUUCCUUUCUUGAUUAUUGUAAUGCACUAUAUUCCUCAUUCAGUAUGUCUGCAAUUAACCAGCCGCAAGUAAUUCAGAAUGCUGCUGAAAGAUUACUCUAUAGGAGAAGGAAAGUCUCCCAUCACCCACAUACUCAAAUCUCUUCAAUGGCUCCAUGUAGAAGAUUUAAAAUAAUCACUCUUGCAGCACUACACUGUCAAACUCCUGAGAAUCAGGAAUCGUUUAUUGCCAUAAUAUGUCAGACAUACAUGGAAUUUAACUUGGCGGUUGGUGCAUGACAGCAGACAGUAUAAUAAUGGACAACAGAAUAUGUGACUGAAGUACAUUACCCUUAUUGUUUUGUAUCAACUGUUCAGUAAAUGAUAGUCCCUAUGUGUUAUUUAUGAUUUCUUCUUUGAAAUACCACUCCUGUUAAGCACUUUGUGACUUGGAUUCGUCAAAACCGCUAUAUAAAUACAUUUUACUUACUUACUUUUUUCUGUCCGAAUUAAUCCCAAAGGUGGGUAGGCAUUGGGGCUCUGCAACGGCCUCUUAGGUUCCUCCAGACUAAAUAAAACCAUUUCUGUAUCAAUUGAUUUGAUUGGUUUAAACAUAGAGAAAUUAGCCCGUUUGGGAUUUUAUAAUGCAAGCUAAUCACGGUAUUCAUUUGCAGACCAGGUCGUUGCUGUAUUUUAAACAUAUCAAUGGCAAUUGUUCUUCGAAACCACCCCUCACCACACUAAAACAUGUUUCACCAGAAACCCAAGCUACGCUUUAUAAUUACCUGGUUAUGUCAUGUUAAUUGACUCUGUAAACUGUUGCUAAACAUUGAUUAUACUCACCCUGUCCACCUGGGGGAGUAAUGGGCUGGAGUUGUUUACCAAUGAAUAAAUACAGAAGAAGAAGAAGGAUCCAAAGCUGCGCAAAAAGCUGCGCAGUUACCGGUUUUUAAAAGAAAUCAUGAACGAUGGAGGUGAAUGUUUUGAUGGAGUCUCGGGACUAAAAUGAGCUCUGUUUUUGUGGUUUGAAUCAUAGCUGCUGCUUCCACCGAUGUCAUACUAUGUGCAGUAAGAGAUCUGAGGUGUAUUUUGUUUGACAAAGUAAGACAGGGCCAGUUAGCCAAACCGUUCGCUGCUGCGGCCUAGCUACAGUUAGCUUGCGUUGUUAAGUUGGAACGGACCUUUCCUUUAAUGACCUCACCGCGCGGCUCUCUUCUAAACCGCUGUGUUUACUUCACACUAAAGCUUCAUCAGAAAUUAUUCCGUAAUAUUUGUAUACUCUAUUUAUAGAGAAUUACCCUACCUUUUUAAUAGAAGUUGGCUCGUCGGAAAGCGAGUACGGCUUCUUGAGACCAACCCCCAGAGAAGCGAGUAUCCAUGACCCGAGAGUUCCUUAAGAAUAACAUUUAAUACCCUCAGCAAACAUGUCUUUAACGUUAGUCGCCUAUGGCAGCAGCGAUGACAGUGACUCGGAAGAUAAUUCCGCUUCUGCACCACGGGAGAGCAAAGUCGGCUCCCGAGGACUCUUCUCAGCCCUGCCGUCUCCCAAGAAGGCAGCAUCGACCGGAGGACCGAGAAAAGAGACGAAAGCCGGCCGUCCACCGGGGGACGAGACGUCCAACGACGACCAAACGUCAGAGCCGCAGUCCUCCAAAGCCGGACUACUUUCCAGUCUGCCUAAACCCAAGAAGCGAACAGAGCCUGUCAAGAUCAGUGUACCACAGAUCCAUAGACGGGACUCAGACUCUGACGACGAUGAACCAGCGAAGAAGAAACUACAACCUCAGAGUUCAGGCCUUUCCUCCCUUCUACCACAACCCAGAAACCUGUCAAUAAAGGCGAUGGAUAGAGCCCUGAUUCCUCAUACACUCACCAAGCGCCAAGAACCAAAAGGACCCAAGUCUGGAAAACCUGCUCAGGGUCUGUUUGAUUCGAGUGCGUCUCCCUCUGCUAUUAAAGCUGCAGCAAAGUCCGCCGCCUUGCAGGUGGCUCGACAAAUAGCCACAGAGGACCAGGACGAGGAGGACAUAAGCCCACAAAACUACUUUUCUCUGGGCGACAGCUCCCAGCGCCUCCCUGCUGUCGCCCCGAGUUUAGACCCUGAGCCAGGAGCCGCUGCAGAACCUGUUGCACUUGUACUUGCCCCUGCGGAACUUGUUGCACCUGCACUUGCAGCUGCAGAUGAGCCGGGUCUGUCGGAUGCUCCUCUCGAUUUUGGGGGGAGCCAUGAGGGAGCUGGUGCGUGGGGAGGUCAAUAUCCUCUGUAUCAACAGCCCGUGGCUGGCCCAGAAUCUCUCCCUCAGGGAUACUAUAAUGAGCCAUACUACCAAGAUCCUGAAACUGUAUCGGCAGAGGCUGAAGAGCCCAGCAACUCGGACAUGUUUGAUGAUGAAGCAUUCAUGCGGCUGCAAGGGAAACGGAACAGGGGCAAAGAGGAGGUGAAGUUCCUGGAGAUUAAAGGAGACGACCAACUAAGCGGCAACCAGCAGUGGAUGACCAAGAGCAUGACAGAAGAGAAGCAGAACCGGCAGUCCUUCAGCAAGAAAAAUAAAGAACUUCCUACAGGACAACAGCGACGCAAGCAUCAGAUAACAUAUCUCAUUCACCAGGCAAAGGAACGCGAGUUGGAGCUGAAGAACAGCUGGGCGGAAAACAAGCUGACCCGCCGGCAGACGCAGGCCAAAUACGGCUUCUAGAAGUCAUACUAUGGACUCUUGGUGGCAUGUGGGAACCCUGUAUUAGAAAGUAGUUUCCCACAUACACACUGGGAGGAAUUGUUUUUUUGGAAAGACAUAAUAUACACCCUUCUGUAUUUGUGUUAAAAUUAUUAUUUAGUAGCUCUUUUCUCCAACUGUUUCAUAAGGUGUUACUUUUGUAUGGAAAUCCACCCUGUUGUUAAAUCUCCUUCCACAGUAAACAUAGGCUCCCCUACAGCAGUUUGUAAGGUACCCUUGGCUAGCCAGUGGCAGAUGAUGUAAUGCGUUCAUGAAGAGGCUAUUAUAAAUGUUUUUAUUUGAAAUUGUCCUGUUUCCUCUUCACGUAGUGAACAGGAAUCACUCCUUGAUGGUUUUUGAAUACAAACCAUUCCACAAAAUGGGUUUGGUUCUUUGGCAGUCACAAAAUAUUAGUAAGACGUUGCUUUUGAUAAAAUGAACCAGAGGAAAUAGAAAGCUGCAUCACAUUUUGUAAAGACAAAUAUGUUGCGCUGCAGUUGCACACAACUCAUUAAAGUAAGGCUGUAAAGAUGUC